AAUAACAUGUAUAAAUACAUGUUGAUGCAUGCUAAGUUUCAUCAUCAAAUUCACUUGAAAUUAAAUCAAUUAUUCAUUCAUAUCUCCUUUAAAUUUAAGUCUCACAAAUUAUUACUUGUUGAAUCUAAUAAUAAUGGAUUUUGAGAGCAUAAGUGAGUUUCUUGAAAACAAAACAAUUUUGAUUACAGGAGCCACUGGCUUCAUUGCUAAAAUUCUUGUUGAAAAGAUAUUUCGUAUUCAACCAAACGUCGAGAAAUUAUACCUUCUUAUAAGGGCUAGAGAUGCAAAAGCUGCCAAUACCCGCCUUCAAGAUGAGGUUUUGGGGAAAGAAUUGUUCAAUGUUUUAAAAGAAAAAUUGGGAUCAGAUUUUGAUUCUUUAAUGUCAGAAAAAAUAAGAGCAAUUGCUGGAGAUACUUCAUAUGACAACUUGGGAAUUACUGAUCACCACAUUAAUCAACAUAUUGAUAUUGUUAUUAAUGUUGCCGCUACUACUAAAUUCUGGGAAAGAUAUGACGUGGCAUUGGGAGUAAAUACGUAUGGACCUAAGAAUAUUGUCAACUUUGCUAAGAAAUGUCCUAACAUACAAUUGCUCAUCCAUGUUUCCACUGCAUAUGUAUGUGGAGAGAAGGAAGGACUAAUAUCUGAAAAGCCAUAUGAAAUGGGUGAGACUUUGAAUGGAGUGUCUGGUUUGGAUAUUGAUUUUGAGAAGAAGUUUGCUCAACAAAGUUUAAGUAACCUCAAAACUCAACAACUUUCUGAAAAAGAAAUUAGACAAAGGAUGAAGGAUUUGGGAAUGGAAAGGGCAAGGAAGUAUGGAUGGCCAAAUACAUAUGUGUUUACUAAAGCAAUGGGAGAGAUGCUUGUAGGGCAACUUAGAGGCAAUUUACCGGUUGUUAUAUUAAGACCUACUAUUGUUUGUAGCACUUUGAAUGAACCUUUUCCUGGUUGGGUUGAAGGUUGCAGGACUAUUGAUAGUGUUGCUGUUAUUUAUGGAAAAGGGAGUCUUAAUUUAUUUGCAGCUGAUAAAAAUUCAGUCUUUGACUUGAUACCAGCUGAUAUGUUCGUAAAUUCAAUUAUUGUGUCUAUGAAGGCACAUGUAAAUAAACCUAAUUUGAUUGUGUAUCAAAUUGGGAGCUCAUUCAGAAAUCCGAUAACAUUUAAAGAGAUGCAUGACCUACAUUACGACUACUUUGCUCAAAAUCCAUGGAGGAAUCGUGAUGGCAACAUUUUAAAAGUCAAAAAGGGUGUCGUAUUGAGUAGCAUACGUAUGUUUGAAAUCAUUCUAAUUUCGUGGCACUAUCUAGUAAAAAUGAUCAUAAUAUUUGUGUCAAGAAUGGGAUUUAGCAAGUUUCAACGAAGUUUAUAUAAUCUCGACAAAAAGCUAAAAAUAGCAACCAAAUUGGUGGAGUUAUACAAACCCUACUUAUUCUUCAAGGCCAUUUUUGAAGAUACAAAUACAGAAAAAUUAUUGAUUAAUGCUCGUGAAAAUGGUUUGGAUGAAAAUGUGUUCAAUUUCGAUCCUACAUCUAUCGACUGGAAAGACUUUUUCGUCAAUGUUCACAUUCCAGCAAUUGUCAAAUAUUUGUUUUAGUGAAAAUCAGGUUUUGUAUCAGUUUGAGCAAGUAUCGUCUUCCUCACGUAAGAUCUUAGGAUUGAUUCCCACCUAAUUCUUCUUCCCUUAAUCUAUCAUCUAUCACGUAAUCAAAAAAAAGUUCUAGUAGUAUUUCCAUGACCUUUACCGUUUUUGCGUUGAAGAAACCUAAGGGUAUAAUACUUUAUAUAUCUAUGUCGAAUGUGAUUGUAUAGCACAAAUGUGUCUCUUACAUUUUAAAAUUUGAAGUGUUUAUAUGAAUAUUUAUUCAAGGGAUUAUGCCUAUAAAAUAUUAUAUGCUUAA